AUGCAUUCUAAACAGGAACAACCCGAUCCGGCCGCACAGAUGCAUUCUGAACAGGAACAACCCAAUCCGGCCGCACAGAUGCAUUCUGAACAGGAACAACCCAAUCCGGCCGCACAGAUGCAUUCUGAACAGGUACAACCCAAUCCGGUCGCACAGAUGCAUUCUGAACAGGAACAACCCAAUCCGGCCGCACAGAUGCAUUCUGAACAGGAACAACCCAAUCCGGCCGCACAGAUGCCUUCUAAACAGGAACAACCCAAUCCGGCCGCACAGAUGCAUUCUGAACAGGAACAACCCAAUCCGGCCGCACAGAUGCAUUCUGAACAGGAACAACCCAAUCCGGCCCAGAUGCAUUCUGAACAGGAACAACCCAAUCAGGCCGCACAGAUGCAUUCUGAACAGGAACAACCCAAAUCGGCCGCACAGAUGUAUUCUGAACAGGAACAACCCAAUCCGGCCGCACAGAUAGAUGUCCUCUGA